AUGAAUGCGCGUGAGGCGGUCAAGGCGGGCCACGACGGCAGCGCCGAGGCGUCGUCGUCUGACGCGGCGGCUGAGGUAUCACGCAAGACUCUCAAAGUGAUGCGCCAGCGUCGCGCGCCGUCGUUGUCCCUCGCUGUAACGGGCACAACCACCGUCGCUGCGAAGGCAACAACGACGGGUGCGGCAACCAAGAUAAAGUCAGUUGACGGCCGCCGUUGCACCGCCACACGCAGUGCCGGCACUCGUUCGCAGUCCACCGCCUUUCGCCGCAACCUGGAAGACCUCGAGAAGCAGUUCAAUGACGCCAUGGAGGCCAGCGAGGAUGAAGAGGAGACCGUCAUGAACGCCACGACCAUGACCAAGUAUAAGGAGUGCGGCCGCAUUGUCGAUGCCGUGCUGGAUCAGCUCGCAGCGGCGUGCGUACCCGGCGCGAACACAAAGACACUGUGUGACGCAGGCGACGAGGAGAUCGCGAGCCGACUGAAGGGGCUGUUCGUAAAGACCAAAGACGCGGCUGGAAAGCGGCUGGCGCGCGGCAUCUCGUAUCCGACGAACGUGUCUGUGAACGAGAUACUCUGCAACGACAGCCCGUACCGCGUGGAGGACGGCACCAUCUUGAAGGACGGCGAUGUCGUGAAGCUGCACGUCGGCUGCCACCUCGACGGAUACCCAGUGAGCGCCGCACGCACCGUCGUCGUUACCACGAGAGCGGCUCCCACAGCUAUGGAGAGCGACGAGGAGGAGGCGCCGAAGAAGAGCAGCGGCAUGACAGGGAUGUCGUCGUCGCGGACGGCCGCUGGCAACGUUAUCGAAGCGGCUCGCGUAGCGCUGCUUGCGAUGAUACACGCGCUCCGUCCUGGCGCACUCAACGCCGACAUCACCGACCUGAUCGCGGCUGUGGGGCAUCACUACGGUGUGCAGGCGGUGGAGGGCGUGCUGUCGAGCCGCAGCAAACGGUGGGUCCCGGAUAGCAUCGACUGUAUCAUUGCGCGUCGCGUGACGAGCAGCGACCCGCACCAGGACGUGGGGGACUGCGAGGUGGAUGCGCAUCAGGUGUGGUGCCUCGACGUCGCCUUCACUAACUAUGACAGCUACCGUAUCACGCUAGCUGAGAAGCCCGUGACGAUGUUCCGUCGCACCCCUGCCGACUUCGCCGCGGACGCGCGGGUGAAGCAGGCGAAUGAGACGCUGCAGGAGAUCACCAACGCACAUUUCUGUUUCCCCUUUCACUUCAAGAGCCUCGCGAACCCGCUGAAAGGGAGGCUCGGCAUCCACGUGCUGCAGAAGGCGGGCGUGGUGGACAAGCUCCCCCCGCUGCGCACGAAGCACGGCUACGUGACGGCGCGGUUUAGCGCGACCGUGGCGGUGACGGCGAAGCGUGUGACGAUGCUCUGUGGCGCGCCGCCCACCGCUCCUGUGGGGAUGCCACCGGCAAUGCGGCCGACCAUAUCGGAGGACACGUUGGCUGCCGAGGUGCUCGCGCUGCUGAGACGCCCGUACGAGUUCGCCGACGUGCGCGCGGCGGUGAUGGCGAAAGACACGAAGGACCAGAGCAGCCCCGCCACAAAGCGCAUGCGCGUAGAGGCAAUGGAGAGCGAAGAGUAG